AUGGAGACCCAAAAGGAUGAAACUGCUCAAGACAAGAGAAUAGCCACUUUGAGGAAUAGCCAGGCUGAAGGGACAGUGAAAGGAGCCAAGAACAAGAUAGCUGAGGUAAAAGAAAGGCCAAUGUCAGAGAUAUCUGGCCCAGGCAGGCUGAGGAAAACCGCUAUGAAACUUUUUGGUGGUAAGAAGGGCAUCUGUACAUUGCCUAGUUUUUUUGUAGGGGCACGAAGCAAAGGUGCUAGGAAAGCCAGCUCCAGGAAAAGUCUCAGCAAGAUCAGAAUUCAUGAUGGCUUAAGUGAGUUAAACGGUGUCCCUGAAGAUGUUGCCAGUGAGGGAAGUGGCUUCACCCUACCUUUGCCUGAGUCAUCCAUCGAUCUUCCCAGCUCCCAAAGUGCCAGUAGAGCUUUGGAUACAGGCUCAAGGAGUAAAUUAUCUGUGCUUGGAGUCACAGAGAAGGCUGAAGCUGACAAGGUUCCCUUUGUGCUCAAGCCAAAGAAGGGUCUGAAAGGUUUUUUCAGCAGCAUACGCCGUCACCGGAAGGGAAAGUUCAUUGGGUCUGAACAAAGUGAACCUGAAGCCAAGGUGCUUGAAGAUGUUAAAAUCAGUUCUAAUGAACAUAUGGGUUCAGUCUCUCUGCUCCACUCUGAGGAAACCUUCCAAUACUCAAGCAAGGAAGAUGCCAAAUUAAAAACUGCCUUUAUGUCAAAAUUUUCUCCAGCACCAGAUCCUUCUUUACCAGUUACUGAGAAAACAGCUUAUAAAGACCCAGAAAAACUGAUGGAGGUGUAUAAUUCAGCACUGUUGCAGCUCAAACCUGUCCCUGAAGCCAGUGGCCUUGAGCAGCCCAGCAGUCCAGAAACAGGGAACAAGAUCUUGACAAGAGAGGUAAAUCCACCCAGUGGUCCUGUGGGGGAUCAAAUAAGCCUUUUGUUUGGGGAUGUCACAUCUCUGAAAAGCUUUGACUCCCUGACAGGUUGUGGGGACAUCAUAGCUGAGCAAGACAUGGACAGCAUGACAGACAGCAUGGCUUCUGGAGGCCAGAGGGCCAACCGAGAUGGGACCAAGCGAAGUUCUUGCCUCGUGACUUACCAGGGAGGUGGGGAGGAGAUGGCCUUGCCAGAUGAGGAGAAGGAAGCUGAGGAGGAAGAAGUAGUGGUUAAAGAGGAAGAUAAUGGCUUAGAAUAUCUAUGGGCAAGUAUCCCAAUGUACCCAAAGCCCAACCUGAACAUGGGCUACCAUCCCACCACAUCCCCAAGCCACCACAACUACACACUCCUUGAUCCAAUUCAGUCUUAUCCUGGCCUAGGCCAUGGGGACCUUUUGACUCCUCAAAGUGACCAGCAAGAGUCUGCCCCCAACAGUGAUGAAGGUUAUUAUGAUUCCACUACACCUGGAUUUGAGGAGGAUUCAGGUGAGACCCUGGGACUUGUCCACAGGGAUUACCUGCCCCGGGAUAGCUAUAGUGGAGAUGCCCUUUAUGAGUUUUAUGAGCUAGAUGAUAGUUUUGAAAAUUCUCCACCUGGAGAUGAUUGCCUUUAUGAUCUCCAUAGUUGCAGCUCUGAAAUGUUUGACCCCUUCUUAAACUUUGCAUCAUUUUUUCCCUCUGGGCCACCUGGGGCAAUGGAGACAGAGGAGGAACGACUAGUGACCAUCCAGAAACAGUUAUUGUAUUGGGAGCUUCGGAGGGAACAGUUUGAGGCUCGAGAGGCCCAGGAGGCACAUAUUCAAGAGGCUUAUGUCCACACCAGGGACAGCUAUACCCAAGAAGCUCAUACCCAGGAAAUUCAUACCAGAGAUAUCCUAGCCAAAGAGGCCUAUGCUAGGGAGAUGCAAGCCUAUGAGACCAAUGCCAAGGAAGCCUGCACUCAAGAGGCCAGUACUACAGAGGCCCAGGCUCAGCAAGAGAAGCACACUAUAGUGUAUCAGACGAGGCCUUUAAGCCCAUCAGUGAUAGGUUUGGUAAUAGAAUCAUCAGGAGUCUCUCAAACUUUCCACCAAGGUACCACCUCUGCUUUUCCUGCCACUGGAAGCAGUAAACCAGACUGGAGGGACUUCCGUCCACUAGAGAAGCAUUUUGAAGGAACCUGCUCCAAGAAAGAUCAAAGUGCCUGCCUGAUGCAGCUUUUCCAGAGUGAUGCCAUGUUUGAGCCAGACAUGCAAGAAGCAAAUUUUCUAGGGUCCCCCAGAAGGUCCUAUCCUACAUAUUCACCUCCUGAGGAGCCAGAGGAAGGGAAGAUUGAGAAGGAAGGGAAUGCCACUGUGAGUUUCUCACAGGCCCUGGUGGAGUUCACCAGCAAUGGGAACCUCUUCUCCAGCUUAAGAUGCUCAGGUACUGAAGACAAAUGCCAGGUAACUCAGGCACAGGGUACCUGGUAA